GUCCAAUAAGUAAACCCUAAUCCCCAAAGAUGAUGUUCUUCGUCUGCUGAGAAUGGCUACCCAGUCGUCCUCCCAAGGUUCGCGUAGCAGCACCAAGAGUCGUGGGAGAAGGAGGACUUGCUUCUGUGGAGAGAGACCGGUAUUGCGCACGUCAUCUACAGCGGAGAACCCAGGAAGAAGAUUCUGGGGCUGCGUCAACUUUCAGAUAGGAGAUGGAUGCGAUUAUUUUGCUUGGGCAGAGCCUGAAGGACAAGAUCCACAAAUUCAAAGACUGAAGAACAAAGCAAGCUCGUUGAAAGAAGAACUGCAGAAAGCUGAAAGGAAGUUUGCAUUGGCACUUGGUGUUGGAAUUCUUGGAUGGACACUGGCUGGGCUGCUGCUAUGUGAUCGACUCAAUUGAGGUUUAG